CCAUGGUGGCGUACUGGCGGCAGGCCGGGCUCAGUUACAUCCGGUAUUCCCAGAUCUGUGCCCAGGUUGUCAGAGCAGCAAUGAAGCCUCAGUACAAAGCAGAGGCAGAGAGGGCGGCAAUGGCCACUGUGAAAACUGUGAAACCCAAGAAGGAAUGAAAUGAACUGAUCUGUGGGGAAUACUCUUAACAGCAAACUGCAAAACUGUAGGCAAGCUCAAGAUUCUGCAAUAUAAUGUCAUCACACUAACUGUAAAACUUGCCUCUGUAUGUAAAUCAGCAUGCUAAUAAAUGUGAUUUCUGUUAAACAAAUGAAUGCUUGGAAAGUGUUGUUCCUCUUGAAACAAAGUACCCCAAUUUGCAGAGAUAUUUAUCUUUUGCUUGUGUUACAAUAGAAGACUUUUUGUCACACUCUACCAUUCAGUAGCAACGUAUGUUCAUUUUUAAGGCAAAUCUCUCGUUGGAUUUCAUGCUACUAUUUCAGGUACAUCAGUAAGUGAGGAUUUAAUUGUUGUUUAAAACUUCUGCCUGCUUCAUUUCAAUGAUUAAUGAUUACUUUGGAAAAAGUUUACUUCACUAAAGCCUAUGUCAACAGAGAAUAUAGGCAUAUAAUUUUGAUUGUUAAAAAUACUUCUGUCAGUUCUCUCUGCUGAAAGUGGUACACUGUUGGCUUUAAAAUUCUCUGUCACCAUGGUAUUCAUCUUCCAUUUGUGCUUAGAACAAAACUGACUCAGUGAAAAUCAGAUUGAUGAGGCUUAGCAUUAAGACUAAACUGGAAGCAGGAUGUUUUGCUGUGGAUGUGCUGCAUGGGAUCUAAUCUUCAAAGCUGUCUGGAACACUGAGCAGUGAACCGUGAGCUGCAGACCUGGUGUCCUGUACAAGGUGGGGAGGGAGGCACAGAAGUCCCUGGACUGUACUCUGAUCACUCAACUGUUGGUUGUCCUUCUUGUUAUCACUUUGUCACUUUACUGGGAGGGACGUGUUCACUGGGAAACAGUGGGAAUAGAGUGCGACACUCCAUCUGCUCUUGGCUGGGGCAGGGGGUAAGUCAUACUUUCAGCUGCUGGUUUGGGGGAAGUGUUUGCAUGUUCCUGCUGCUGUGUGUCUUCACAGCAAGUCUAACAGUGUCCCACUGCACCGGAAGAAUACAGCAUGCUUACAGCAAUUGCUUCAGGUUUGUGUUCAGCUAGACACUUCUGGUGUUGACUCAAACAUGAGGCAUUACUUUUAGCAGACAGAGUUUGUUAUACUGUGAAGAGUAUAAUAAAACAAGCUCAAUUUUUUCAUGUAAUUUAAAGUCAGUCCUUACAAGAAUGAAGUCUGAUUUUUUUUGUCUUAUCAAAUGUUUCAGGUAUUAAAGUAUGGUAUAGAAUGUUAUUUUUAUUUUUAAGAAUAUUAUAAAUACUGCCUGAAGUAGGUGGCUGUGAAUGGCAAGAAGGUUUUUUCCUGAAGUCAAGACACAUUUUUGAUUUUAGUGACUGCCAUUGAACUUGUAUCUAACUAGCUGCAAACCAUUCCAUCCAUUUUGAUGUAUUGAAUGAUAGGAAGAAAAUUUACAAUAGCUAGUACAUGGCAGGGGGAGGGAACUGACCACACCAAAACUUUUACACAGUGUUCACGACUUGUAUGCUAAUAUAACUUGUUCUAUAGUUUGAAAGAGAAACCACACAAUGAUAAUGAAUACAAGCUCUGCAAUAAUAUAAGCCAGCAAUGUGAUAGAACUAUUAAAGUACUUUAAAAAAAAAAAAAAUGUGCAUUUUCAGUCUUUUGCCCCAUGUUGUUUCCCUUCCCCUUCAACUUAAGGAACUGAACUUGGCUGCAGAUCUAGAUCGGUCUGUGGAGUGUGUAAUAAAAUAGUUACUGCCUUUAUAGGCCUCACAGCUGUGCAUACGUUCCUAAAACAGUAACAAGUUCACAAACAAAACAAGAACUGUGUUUACCUCAGAAUAAAUAAAUUUGAUGAGUUGAUAGCAUAUUUUGCUGUUGCUUAUGAUCCUGAUAUAUAUAUACACACACAGAGCCUGUAUAUUACAUUCAGUGUCUGGUGAUAAUAAAGAGCAAUUACAUUUACAAGAAAGGCUGUUAGACAACUUGUCUUCGUGGUGGCUCUUUUUUUGGGAGAGAUUCAGUGUCAACAGUUGUUUAGGUGAGUAAAGCAUAGCUGCCAUUAAUUUCAAAAGCAUUGCAUUGUAAUAUUGGAUAUAUUUUGGCCAGAUGCAGAGAAAAAAUUCUCAAGAAAGGUGUUCUUUUCAGUAUG